GCCUAGCAACGAAAGACGCCGUCGUUCCGUUCGUUUAUGGAUCAUUACAUGGCUUCAUUUAAAUAGGAUUCACUAUUAUUUGUUUCGGAAGGAGAAAAUUUGAAUACAUGGCUGCUUUUAGUCGUUCAAAAACAAAUAGAUCUACUUCACCACUGCGAAAGAGUGCCCCAGGUUCAUUGUUUAAAUCUAGUGGCAAAGAUCUACGCACGUCCUCUAGUCGUGGACUUGCUGCAUCAUUUGACAUUGGGAAAAAGAGUGGUUAUUCAACUACAGAACUUUCAAAGAUUGAAAAUGAAUACAUCAGAAAUCUACAACAGCAAAUCUACUUUCUUGAAUUGGAAGCCAACUAUUUAAGGGAGCAAGCAAAAAAAGCAACAAUUAUACCACCUAGAUUAACUGAAGAGGCUGAAAAAAUGAUGAGAAAACUGAGAACACUUCAAAGUGAACUUGAUGAUCGAGUCACAGAUAUAGCAAAAAAAGAAUCAGCAAUUCGAUUGUUGGAAAAUGAACGUGAAGUUUCAUUGAGGAAACUUAGAGAUGUUGAAGAAAGCCAUGCUUAUGAAAAAAGAGAGUUGGUAAAUGAAAUUGUGUCAUUAAAAAAGUUCAAAGAGGACCUAGAAAGACUCCAUUCACGUCGUGACAUUCAUGUGCAACAAGUAGAAAAUGAAGCCAGUAAAGGAUUAAACGCACUACAAGAAGCUGAAGAACAAAUUUCAUUAUUAGGAACUCAGCUUGAUGAUAAAACUGAAGAACUUAGUCGGUGUCAAAUUAAGUUGGAGGAAAGUCGUGCUGAGUGUUUGAAAUAUCAAACACAAUUACGGGAAAUUGAAGAAAGAUUCUUUCAAUCCGACGUAAAAUCGAAAGAAGACAUGGGACGCGAGUUAAGAGAGGAAAUACGACAGUUGCGUCUAGAUGCAAGACAAAAGGAACUAAAUGCACAACAAGACAGAACACUAAGAGCAAAGAUCCAAGAAGAUUGCACGUCAUUAAUUAAAGAAAAUGCAGCACUGGCUGCACAAGUUGUAGAGCUUAGAAAACAGAUAGAUACAGAUCGUGCCCACAAGGAUGAAAAAAUCGCCCGCCGUCAGGCAAACAUACAGGAAUUAGUAACGUUAAAAGACAGCGAGAGACGUUUACAAAACGAAUUAGAAACUACCAGAGAACAACUUUACAAUGAGAAAUUAAAAAAUCGAGAAGCGACACAAAAGCUUACACGUGAAGAAAAGAACACACUAAACGUGACUCUGAGCAAGAACAAGUUAAAAACCAACGUCGAAGAAUUGCAAAAUAUGAACACAAUACAAAGCGAUGAAAAUAUUUCAUUACAACGAGAUAAACUGCUGUUGACGGACGAAAUUUGUGAUUUACAAUCCAAGUUAGAUGAAAAGAAUGACGAGCUGUUGGACUUAAAAUCACGUCUCCAUGAAGCUGAAAGUUUGUGUUCUCAACUUGAAUCUAAAGUAAAAAUGCAGAAAAGCUUGGAGAAUAUAAGAUGGGACGAGUUUCAUAAGAUGGCCAACACCAUGAGCCAACUUUCAAAGAACAUGAGCCCAAGGAAAGAUCAGCAACGAGAUUAUGACGAAUAAGAGUGAUAAAUGAACAAUGAUAUGGACUAAAAACAAACGAGAAUAUUGAAAAAGCAAAUAACUUAAAAUAAUGUCAUUGUUGAUGACAAGUUUCAAAACGAAAAAACAUUCCUGUGAAGAUAAAGAAUAAAUUGAUGCCUUCACGUAACUUAUAAUAAAAAAACUUUGCGUGCCGUUAGCUACCAAUUUCUAUAUAAACAAUGCUUAGUUGUAGUAUAGCAAGAAAAUUGAAACUCUAAGUUAUAAAAUUAAAGAAGACAUACAAACCUUUUAAA